AUGCGCUCCCUUGCCACAGCUAGAAGCGGUGACUGGAACGGCUGCGCCACUACCGUUGUGAAAACCAAUCUGUCUGAUAUCAUAUCUAUUGUAAAGGGCAAAGUCGAAGAGGUCACCUUACCUGAUGGCAUUGAGAAAGUUGACAUCAUUAUCUCUGAAUGGAUGGGGUACUGUUUGUUCUACGAGAGCAUGCUGGAUACAGUGCUGUACGCUCGGGACAAGUGGCUCGCAACUGAUGGUCUCAUGUUCCCUGACCGGGCUACGUUGUUUGUAUGUGGCAUCGAGGACCGACAGUACAAGGACGACAAGAUCAAUUGGUGGGACGAUGUCUACGGGUUCAACAUGAGCGCCAUCCGCAAGAUAGCCAUCAGUGAGCCUCUGGUCGAUGUUGUUGAUCCUAAACAGGUGGUAACCAACGCCUGUCUGAUAAAAGAGGUGGAUCUCUACACAGUCACUAAGGAAGAUCUGGACUUCCAAGCUCCAUUCCAUCUCCAAGUCCGUCGCAAUGAUUACAUCCAAGCAUUGGUCACCUUCUUUACCAUCGAAUUCACCAAGUGUCACAAGAGGAUAGGACUGAGCACGGCUCCAGAAGCUCCCUACACCCACUGGAAGCAGACUGUCUUCUACAUGGACGACUACAUGACGGUGAAGAGGAACGAGGAGAUCUACGGCGUGUUUUCGAUGAAGCCCAACAAGCGCAAUAACAGGGAUCUGGAUUUCACCAUUGACAUCGAGUUCAGGGGCGAACUGUGUGAGGUGCACGAGGCCAACCAUUACAGGAUGCGUUAAGAUGGUUUAUUUGGUCCGGAUCUGUAUUAAUUUUUAGAACUUUUUUUUUAAACUGAAAUUUUUAAAGUCAGUUUCAAUCAUAGCAUAUCUGCAAAAAGAAUUUACAUUUAUUAAACUAAGUGAAAGAAAUAAAAAAAAACUCUUCUCGUAGUUAUUAUAAUGUAAACAAUACUGUCUGUUAAAUUUGGAUCACAAAAUUACUACCAACACAAGUGGUCAAAAAUAGUUUCUAUGAGAUUGUCUAGAAAUCAACUGAGCUAAAAAAAACGAUACAAAACUUUGCUUCCGAGUUCCCGUUCAUUGAUUGCCGGAUUCCUGUUGGUAAAUCCGGCUAAAAUUAAAACUGAUUUAAACAUUUUUUGAACUGUAUUUGAGCCGGAUUCACCAUAUGCAAUCAAUGAACGGGAAAUCGGAAGCAAAGAUGACUGUUUAGCUCAGUUGAUUUCUAGAAAAUCUCAUAGAAACUAUUUCUGACCAUUUGUGUUGGUAGUAAUUUUGUGAUCCAAAUGUAACAGACUUUAUGAUGACAUUAUAAUGACAAUGAGAAGAGUUUUUUUUUAUUUCUUUCACUUAGUUUAAUAAAUGUAAAUUCUUUUUGCAGAUAUGCUAUGAUUAAAACUGAAUUAUACUUGUAAUCUAAAUAGGGGUAAUCCUGCAGCAUCAGUUUAAACAUCACUAUGAAUUAUUUUUACAGUUAAUCAGUUUAAUUAAUUUAUCCGUAAAUAAAUUAUUUCUUUGGCCUGAAGUCAUGGGAGUUUGAAUUUUAAACAAUGUUUUAUUUUUAUAUAGGAACAAGCUUGAAUUAAUUUUACAAAAAUCCUAAACCAUUGCUCAUGUUUUGUUAUAAUUUAAUUUUUGAACAUUUAAAAUUUAGGAUAUAAAAAACAAAUCUGUGAUUUUUGUUCGCAUAGAUUUUAUACGACUGUGUUUUAUAUGUGAUCAGUGAGUAAUAUAAAACAGUCAAAAAAUAAAAAUUGAAAUUUUGUACAA